CUCAGCGGCACACACUCACCCAGCCGAGUUCAGCCAUGAAAGUCCUGGUCGUGUUGUCUGCCCUGGCGGCGAUCGCCACCGCCCAGUACCUGCCGUACGCCAACUUCGGCUACGCUGGCUACGCUGGCUACCCUGGCUACGCUGGCUAUGCGGGCGCGUACGGCCUCAACCUGAGGAGCUACGCCGCCCCGAUCGCCUACGGCUCGCAGUACCACGCCCAGGACACGUUCGGCGGCUACCACUACGGCUACGCCGACGGCCUCUCCAACAAGGUGGAGACCCGGCGUGCUGACGGUACCACCGCCGGCUCCUACAACUACGUCGACGCCGAAGGCCAGGUGCAGACCAUCUCCUACACGGCCGGCGCCAACGGCUUCCAGGUGGAGGGCACCAACCUGCCCGUGGCCCCCGUCGCCAACCUGAAGGCGCCCGUCCACACCCUGGUGGGACCGGCCCCCGUCCAGGACACGCCCGAGGUGCAGGCGGCGCGCGCCGAGUUCACCCGUCUGUUCGCCGAGGCCGCCUCCCGCACGCGCCGCUCGGCGCCCGAGCCUGUCUCCGACACCCCGGAGGUGACCGCUGAGAAGGCCCGCUUCCGCGCCCUGUUCGCCGAGGCUGCCGCCGCCGCCGAGGCCGGCGCCACCCCCGUCGCCUCUUACCUGGCCGACACCCCCGAGGUGGCCGCUGAGAAGGCCCGCUUCGAGGCUGCCUUCAAGACGGCCGAGGCCCGCGCCGCUCUCCCCCUGACCUACGCCGCUCGCCCUCUGGCCUACAACGGUCUGCCCUACGCUGGUCUGCCCUACGCCGGUCUGCCCUACGCCGCCCCCUUCGCUGGCUUCAACCGUUUCUUUUACUAAACUGCGCAUUUUUUUGAACUGAGUUCUCUUGUGAAAUUGUUUUGACCUGGUCUUCCGUCUGAAUCUCGUGCCGGUUUUUGUGCUGGUGUGUCCUUGAAAGCUCAUGUGUAUGUCCAUAUACCAUGGCAACUGUCAUGAAAAUACACCUUGGUAUAUUUUCA